UUUGUAUUAUUUAUCGGCAAACGAAUUCGGGGGAAACAUGAAAAAUUUGAGAAUCACUCUCCAAAGGCUCAAAAUUCGUAUACGUAGAUAGCAGUAAGCGCCUCCAAGCGGAUUUCGAAAGUCGUUUUGGCUUGCGCCGUACUGUGAUCGCAGCCGCUGCUGUCAGCGGACGAAUGGCGAAUCAACACCGCCCGCCCGGCCAGAGUUAGUUAGGUGGAUCAAAUGUCUUUGCCGACUAACUUUGAAACACGUGCUGGUCUGGAUUCGAGGCUGAAUACACUUCGUUCUGUGCUGAAGCCCGUCGUGUGAAACAGUGCUUAACAGCGCUACCGGACAUAAGGCUCGAAAAAUGUAUCUAGGUCGGACGAAUGUCCAUCCAAAAACAAUAACAAAAUACACACCCAUACACGCAGACUGGGUACAUAGGACUUGCAGACUGCUCUAUGCCCUGCAGUAGCCAAGAGUAGAGUUUUGAUUUGCAGUAUAGUUAGUUACCCUCCCUCUCCACGGGCCAAAAUAGUAUAUAGAAAAAGAGGGAGAGAACGAGUCGGGCUCUAGAUGCGUGCAUACGUGAGAUCGUCGGACCGACGAAUAGAAUGCUCAGAUCGGUGUGUGUGGCGGGGGGGCUUUGUUAAGCACACAUUAUUCUUUCUUAUUCCAGUACCCCCGCAAGUCUAAUGAAUUUCCUAUCAUAUGCACUUUACUGCGAUUUGGUUCGAAAUCGCGCGUUAUAUGUCUUUUUACGCUGAUAAGAUAACCUCGUGAACUUCCGCGCUUCUGUUUGUGAUCAACCGAAACAGCCUACGAAGGAGAGUGACAAGAAGGUUCAAUAAUCGGCGAAAAUGUGAAUCGAUUUUGUGCAUUGCCAAUUGGCCAUGGUGCUUGCAAAGAAGUACGCGGACGAUGUAAGCGGCUUACAACCCGUGCAUCACGGCCUCAAGCAUAGCUAUUCUCUGACAGGGCGACGGCCGUAUAGAGUUGUAGUGUACAGAUACCGUCACCGGUCGGCCACCGCAGCUAGCGAUAAGCUUUACGAUGGUGUAUCAGGCCUUGGCCUAUUGCGUAGGCAUCUCGUUGGUGUUUCUUCUCUCCAUCUAUGUUGGCACAGAAGGCCGACGGCGUAAUGACCCCCAGGUGGCGAAGCUUCGCUGCAUGCGGGUACUUUUGCUCAGUCUAGUCACUCCGAUUUUCGUCUAUUUAGUCCACGAUCCUUCGGUGUACCCACCCGAUACUCCGUUCCUGCACAUAAUCGGUCUUCGGAUGGAAGGUUUACUUUCAGCCUGCAUUUUCUCGUUGCUACUUACAACUUUAUUUUUUCUUGGUCCAGUUGUGCAACACUUUAUCGUUGACGGCUAUUACAGAGUCGUGGCUGAGCCGGGCUUUUGGAUGGCCAGCUUAAACGACCCGCUUUGGAUUCGAGACCACCUUUGCGCUCCUCUCGUUGAAGAAGUCUGUUUUCGAGCCUGUGUUAUACCGUUACUAUUUCCACAUCUACACGAGCUCGGUUCCGCCAUCGCUGGGCCGGUUAUUUUUGGUCUGUGUCAUCUCCAUCAUCUUCGCGAGCGGGCUCAGCAGAUCGACCUGCCGAUUGCUCUGCUUGUUACGGCCUUUCAGUUUACCUACACGACCCUGUUCGGGAUCUAUGCGUCGUACAUGUUUCUUCGUACGGGACAUAUCAUUCCGUGCAUACUUGUGCAUUCAUUUUGCAACUAUAUGGGUGUACCACAAUUUCCUCCUGAGAAGGGCUGGCUGUGGCCACUAUUUGUCGGCGGUGUCCUAGCAUGGCUCUACAUGGUGGGCCCGCUGAUGGAUCCCGGUCUAUACGUUAACAAAGUUUACAAUGUAUAUUAUAGUGAAAUGUCAAAUUCUCAGCUUGACGAUUAGGAAGACUUAGAUGUACAAGGAAUGAUUGAUAAAUGCUUCUAUUAGAGAGUGCAAGUGAGCCCGCCUCGUGUACUGUAUAGAAAACUCGUACGCAUGUAGCAAUAAAAUUAUACACAUUAUUUAGAAAAACAGA